AGUUAUUCCUGUGAUUGUUUGGGGCCAACCCUUUUCUUAACCAACCUUUGCUAAGUGUGGAGUGCACACAGCUCCAAGAUAGAUCCAUUUCCGUUAGCCCUUCCCCCCUGUUCUUUUCUAUUUGUUUCUCUCCACUCCCCCUCUUAAUUCACUCCACACCUCUCCUAUUUCCACCUAAUUUCGUAUAUUUUAACUUCUUCUCUCUUCUCUCUUUCUCUCUUUUAGCUAUAUAGCUAGCCUACAUGAGUCGGUGAGCUUGGCAAACGAAGGAAUGGCGGACUAAUUCACGGUUACUCUUCACAAGAGGAAAGGGCGGCUUUUGACUCCUCUCGCUAUAUAUAAAUAAAUAAACCCCCACCAUCCCAUCUUCACUAUAAAUAUAUUAUUGACAGCCUCUUCCACUCCAUCCACCUCGCUUCCACCAUCACUCUUCCUUGUUUUCUCCUCCUCCUCCUCCUCUUCCUCUUUCUCUCUCUUCCAAGGGGAAGGAGAGAUGGAAACUCCAGAAGAAGCCAUGGGCUCCAGCAGCACAACCAGCAACGGCGUCGGCGAUUGUACGCAUGGCGCCGCCACCGUUGCUGUCAAGAGAAAGCGCACCAAGCGGCAGAAGAUCCACCCACCGGCCCUGCAGGCGGCCGCGGCGGCGUUCACCGACUCCUCGUCGGCCUCUUCGGCCGAUGGUAAUCGGGGGAGCGUCACCGAGGAGGAAGAGGACAUGGCCAAUUGCCUCAUCCUCCUCGCCCAGGGCCAUGCCUUGGAUGCCGGCGCCAAGGUGGAAUCGCCGGCCGAAGAGAAGUUCACCAGCCGGAGACUCACCGAGGCUGCCACGACAACCAAUGGCAAGGCCGGGUUCUACGUCUAUGAGUGCAAGACAUGUAACAAAUGCUUCCCGUCGUUCCAGGCGCUCGGCGGGCACCGCACCAGCCACAAGAAGCCCAAGCCGGCGGUGGUUGCGCCGGUGGCCGAAGGGAAGAAAGAGAUGGUCGAUAAAGAUAUGGUGCAGAUAAGUAUGAAUUCUUUAUCGAAGGCAAUUGCGAGCAGCGUCAAGCCGAGGGUACACGAGUGCUCAAUAUGUGGGUCCGAGUUCAACUCCGGGCAGGCACUGGGAGGCCACAUGCGGCGGCACCGGCCGUUGGUCAUCCCAGAGGCCCCCGAAGUCAAGAAGGAGAGGACGAUCCUCUCCUUGGAUCUAAACCUCCCCGCUCCCGCCGACGACGAGCAGGCCGAGCUCCGGAGGCCAUCCUCGCCGGCUUUCUCCUUUGCCAGCGAGCGGCCGCUCAUCUUCUCGGCGUCAGCGUCAGCUCUGGUGGAUUGCCAUUACUGAGAGGGAACUAAUGGAAGCAAAGCUAUCCAUCCUUAAUUUCUUUCUUUCUUUUUGUCCUUUUUUUUUUUUUCCUAAAACAAAUUAAACAUGGAAUUAUGUGGGUCAUGUGAAUUACUGAUUAUGUCUUUGCAAGUUAGUAUUGAUAUUGAUUAUUCUUGAAA